AACAACGUGUUCCUCAGGAGAGUAAGCACCGGUGCCGUUCAUUUGUCAUUUCUGCAUUCACGGACUUAGCAGUCGAGUGCAGCACUGCCCGAUAGGUCAAGGGGAGCUACCAAUCGAUAAAGAAAGAGCCCCGCGAUGUUCAAAAAGUUCACGGAAAAGGAGAACAUAUCGGGUGUUUCACAACUCAAGAGUUCCGUCCAGAAAGGAAUCCGAACGAAAAUUUGUGAACAGUUUCCCUUCAUAAAUGAAGAUUUCCGUGAAGAAAUAUUGCCGAAAAAAGAUCAGUUGAGAAUUGUGAAAUGUCAUGAACACGUCGAAAUCCUCAUCAACGGCCAGGGAGAGCCGCUGUUCUUCCGACAGCGCGAUGGUCAAUAUUUCCCGACGUUGCGUCUCCUGCACAAGUAUCCUUUCAUAUGUCCAUGGUUGCAGGUGGAUAAAGGCGCGAUCAAGUUCGUCCUGUCAGGAGCCAAUAUAAUGUGUCCAGGUUUGACUUCACCCGGUGCGAAGAUGACGCAGAAUAUCGAGAAAGAUACUGUCGUGGCUAUCAUGGCAGAAGGGAAAGAACACGCUCUCGCCGUCGGAUUGACAUCCAUGUCCGUCAAAGACAUUUCGGCGAUAAACAAGGGAAUCGGAGUAGAGAACAUGCAUUACCUCAAUGAUGGUCUAUGGCAAAUGAGACCGGUUAAAUGAGAAUGUGUACAGAUUAAAUACUAAAGGGACGUUUCCGAGUACGCAAAUAUUUUACGGAUGAUAAAGUAUUGAAUAAAUCAUCUAGGUGAUUAUUUAUGUUCUGCAACAAAA